UAAGACAUUACAAAUAACAUCAGACUCUUCCCUCUUCCCUUUCUCUCAAUCCCUGUCUCCAAAAUCUUGUGUCCCCCCUCCCUUCCUUUUCAUUCCACACAAAGACCCCCCCCCCCCCACCCCCACCCCAAACGGCCUGCACAGCACUUUUUUUCCUGCCUCAUCGAGACCAUUUUUUUCUAUCUAUAGAUAUAUCUAUUUUGGGAUCUUUUUCUACUAUUUUUUAAAAAACAUUUUGGAUUUUUUUUCUCUUCCGGAGAAACCAUUCUCUAGUGCUUGAAUCUUUUUUUUUAUUUUUCUGACUAUUUUCUUUUUUUUCACGAUCCGGUUUUGUGUCUCGAUCCCGUGACGGCCGCCGGGAGGGGGCAAGGGAGCGGCGGGGUGGGCAGGCGCACCUCGGACGCCAGAACGUUGAGAAAAGGAACCCGACGACAAGAGAGACGCAACCGAAAGUCUACAGGAUCCAACCUACGUUCCCUCAGCAUGGUGACUCAGAUAAUAAGCACCAUGGAGACGCAGGCCAGCAAUGGUCCCGGCAGUGUGGGCAUCCUCAAUGGCACAAAUGGGGCGGCGGACGACAGCAAAACCAACUUGAUCGUCAACUAUCUUCCUCAGAACAUGACCCAAGAAGAGUUCAAGAGUCUUUUCGGAAGCAUUGGAGACAUCGAGUCCUGUAAGCUGGUCAGAGACAAAAUCACAGGUCAGAGCUUGGGAUACGGAUUUGUAAACUACGUGGAUCCCAAUGAUGCAGAUAAAGCCAUAAACACCCUCAAUGGACUGAAACUACAGACAAAGACUAUUAAGGUAUCCUAUGCCCGCCCAAGCUCCGCCUCCAUAAGAGAUGCCAACCUGUAUGUGAGCAGUCUACCCAAAACCAUGAAUCAGAAAGAGAUGGAGCAGCUCUUCUCUCAGUACGGCAGAAUUAUCACCUCGCGUAUCCUGGUCGACCAGGUCACAGGGGUGUCUCGGGGAGUAGGCUUCAUCCGAUUCGAUAAGAGGAUAGAGGCCGAAGAGGCCAUCAAAGGGUUGAACGGGCAAAAGCCUCUUGGUGCCAGCGAACCAAUCACCGUCAAAUUUGCCAACAACCCUAGUCAGAAAACAGGCCAAGCUCUGCUCACCCACCUUUACCAGACCACAGCCCGGAGGUACACAGGACCCCUUCACCACCAGACACAGAGAUUCAGGCUGGACUCUUUAAUAAACAUGGCGUAUGGAGUCAAGAGUCCGCUCUCUUUCCUCCCCAGGUUCUCACCCAUAACCAUCGACAGUGUUACCAACCUUGCCGGAGUCAGUUUGACAGGUCCUACCUCUGCCGGCUGGUGCAUCUUCGUCUACAACUUAUCGCCGGAGGCUGACGAGAGCGUCCUGUGGCAACUGUUUGGGCCAUUCGGAGCAGUGACAAACGUCAAAGUUAUCCGGGACUUCACCACAAACAAGUGCAAAGGUUUCGGAUUCGUCACCAUGACAAACUACGACGAGGCGGCCAUGGCUAUUGCCAGCCUGAACGGAUACCGGCUGGGAGAUAGGGUCCUGCAAGUUUCAUUCAAAACUAGUAAACAACACAAAGCAUGAAAGAGAGGGCAAUGAGUGGAGGGGUGGGGGAGUGAGAGAGGAAGCGUUAAGGCAAGAAGGUAAAAGUAAGGUAUACCAAUGUCUAGACAUACAUCAUUCUGACACCCGUGAUAUUAUAGACAGGGAUGGAAGGACCGAAUUGAGACAUGGAUAAGCCUCCGUAAGAAAGCUGUGGUAUACCACAAUGGGUUCCAUUGGUUUAUAGUUGACAGCUAGGACUUUUGAGCCAGUUCUGACUAUUCUAAGGUUUCAUAGAGGAUCUCAUACCAUUGGUGCCAAUCCUGAGGACAUGGGGGCUACUAACUGGUUACAAUACUCUAGUUAUCUUAGAACCUUCAGGUCUUGGUGUAGCCAGAAAAUGCGGUUGUGAACCAUUCAAAAUUUUGGUUUUCCACCACCACAGCUAGCAUGGGGUGAAGUUUCGACCAAGAUAGCAUGUUUUUUGUUGUUGUUCCACCUCUCUCACUUUGGCAGUGAAUUGGUUAAAUAUCCUGUUGCCAUAAUGGCUAAGCACCAUAUCACUGCCUAUAGCCCUUGUCUCCUCCCUGCCCUCACUUGAUAUCCUCUCUUCUCCUAAAGAGUAAUAAACGAAGAAAUGAGAGCGAGAGCAGAAAUGAAAGAAAAAAACAAACAAAAAACAAAAAUAUCUAUUUUUAUAAAAAAUGAGAAAAAAAAUCUCAAUGAGCAUUUUAAGCCUUUCGCACUUGUCCAAAAAUAGGAGUCCAUGAAAAAUAUAUAGUUACAUAAUAAUAGCUCUUUUAAAAUUCCUUAUGGGGUAAAGCAAAAGAACAAAAAAACAAAAGAAAACAAAAAAAACUUUUUUAUUAGAUACAAAACCCCUUUUUCCAUGCUAGUGGCUUCCAGGAUGAAUUAAAGUGCACCUAUUAUGCAAAAAUAACUUGGGCGGUCAUUAAAAAAAAAAACAACAAAAAAAAAACUUUGAAAUUUCACCUUUACAUUCAUGUCGGCAAGUAGGAAAAUAAAUUUUGAUCAAUUUAUUUUCUUUUUUUUUUUGUAUUUUGUGGACUGGUCAUAAGACGGGCGGUCACAUUUGCUUCAGGAAUACAACAGCAAAGUUCACAACCUGCAAUAAUUCAUAUAUUUAUCAUUUUUAAUAUCCCCAAGUUGUUCUUGCCUAAAAAAACAAAAAGUAUCUGCACCCUCGAUGCAUUUUAGAUUUGAACUGCAAUAUAUUUAUAUGUUCCAGGAUUCCCAUUUUUUGGGACUUGUUUCAAAGCCUUUUCAUUUAGACUGUCUUUAUAUAUUUUACACAGUGGCCCCUGUUUUAAGACAUAAACGACAUCCAUACUCAUCAUGGAAAAUCCAAAUAAUUGUGUAUUUUUUAUUAAUUAUUAUAAUUAUCAUUAUUAUUAUUGACUAUUGUGCCAGGUUUGGGUUAGAAGAUGUCUAGAUUGGUUAAAAUUGAAGCUUCAGUCCCACUAAUCCCAGGAGUAAAAAAAAUAAAUGACAAAUUGCAAAUAUAUGUUAUUUCUAUUUUUGAAUUCAAAAGUAACAGAAACAACAUUUUGAACUCAAAAAUUCAAGCAGAAACUGAAAUUAUUAUUUGGAUAAUAUUUAUGUGUUGCAUUGAGAACUAGCCCUGCAUUUGGCUCCAGAAAAAAGCCCGACUCCCCCCUGAAUUUUUGAAUACAGCUCUAUUUACAUUUUAUUCUAACUAGGGAUGAGCGAAUUUCCCAAAUUUCGAAAAGUUUCGAUUGUCCAGAGGAUUCCUAGGACUAUAUCCAAGUUCUUAAAUGCCGAGAAAGCGAAAACCCAAAAUUAGGGUUUCUAGGAUUGGAAACACUUCCUAAAAUGGCAGCCUCCUUUUUGAGAGAUUUGCCCAGAUCAAAUCCCAAAAUGUUUUAAUUCUGACAAAUUCCCAUUUUUGGGGGGAAAUUUGGAAUGAAUUUUAUUAAUUCUGAAUUAAUUUGCUCAUCUCUAAUUCCUAAAUGGCAUCCUCCAUUUUAGAGAUUUGCCCAGAUCAAAUCCCAAAAAUUUUAAUUCUGACGAAUUCCCAUUUUUGGGGGGAAAUUUGGAAUGAAUUUGAUUAAUUCUGAUUUAAUUUGCUCAUCUCUAAUUCCUAAAUGGCAUCCUCCUUUUUGAGAGAUUUGCCCAGAUCAAAUCCCAAAUUUUUUAAUUCUGACGAAUUCCCAUUUUUGGGGGGAAAUUUGGAAUGAUCUUGAUUAAUUCUGAAUUAAUUUUCUCAUCUCUAAUUCCUAAAUGGCAGCCUCCUUUUUAGAGAUUUGCCCAGAUCAAAUCCCCAAAAUUUUUAUUCUAACGAAUUCCCAUUUUUGGGGGGAAAUUUGGAAUGAAUUUGAAUAAUUCUGAAUUAACUUGCUCAUCUCUUAUUCCUAAAUGGCAGCCUCCUUUUUAGAGAUUUGCCCGGAUCAAAUCCUAAAAAUUUUAAUUCUGACGAAUUCCCAUUUUUGGGGGGAAAUUUGGAAUGAAUUUGAUUAAUUCUGAAUUUAUCUGCUCAUCUCUAAUUCCUAAAUGGCAUCCUCCUUUUUAAGAGAUUUUGCCCAGAUCAAAUCCCAAAAAUUUUAAUUCUGAGGAAUCCUAAUCUUUUUUUGAAAAUUUGGAAUAAAUUUUAUUCAUUGUGAAUUAAUUCGCUCAUUUCUAAUUCUAACCAAAGUUGUACAAAUUUUUUCUUAUGGGGCAGUAAAUGCAAAAUCUACCGAGGAGCUAGAGACGGCAUUUCUCAAUGUAGCCAUAUUCAGAACAUAAAAAAUAACUAAAAAUAAAAACAGAAAAAUUGGAAAGUGGGACUGGAGUCUUAAAACCCAAAUAUCCAUAAUAUAUAAGUUGCAUUAGCUUGAAUUAUUGUGUAGCAAAAACAUGAAAACUAGCUAGAGAAAAUUUGGAUGUUUCUUAGUUAACGUCUGUUCUAUAACUCGUUUUUUCGUUUAUUUUUUUUUAGGUUAAUGCCCCAGACAUUUUUCUCUAGUGAAUGUGUUUUCUUUUAAUAUGAUUUUUUUUUUAAAUUACAUUUUCGUGCUUUUAUUUCUAAUAUUAAAAAACAAUAUGAACGGUAGUUGGGAUCGGAGGAAAAUCUCACGACCCCUUAAUUUUAGUUAGUUAUUUGUGUUCUAGGUUCCAUGUGGUUUCUUUGCCUGUGUUUAGUAGAAUGUUGUAGGAUCUCUUGAAAUUAAAAAAAAAAACAAAAAAAAAAUUAUAAACGAAAAGUCGACAGAGCAUAAAAAAAAACAUUUAUGUAAAAAAAAAUUGAAAACCUGGCGAGAUCUUUUAAAAUGUUGUUUUUAACUUAUUUGGAAGUAUUUAUUCUUUAUUUGUGUGGGUAUAAAUAUGUGCAUAUUUAUGUUUGUUGAGCCUAAGCAAACAAGGUUGUUUCUUUUUUUUUUUUUUUUUUUCCGGUCAAAGCCCGCCUCCAUAUAUAUAUAUGGAGGAUAUAGGGCUUCAUUGAGAAUUGGAGGAAAAGGUGAUAAUUUAUUUAAAGAACAAAGAAAAAUGGGGUUGACACAUUGUUUAAAAAAAAUACCAAUUAAAAAAGAAAAAAAAAAAAAGAAUAACGUGCAUUUUUUAUAAGCUGGUUUGAAAUCCAUUGAGCUGAGAGCACUGAAUAAUAAAACAUAUAAAAAAAAAGGAAAUAAAAAGAUUAUUAAUAAAAAAAAA